CACUGCACAAGCCUGCUGGCUGAGAGUGCUUCGUUGCGCUGCACAGUUUCUUUGCAUUGAUCAUUUUUUCGUUGCUGUCAUAUCCGUGGACCACGCAGACUAAGACGGACACAAGCAGGAGACGGAGGAGGUCAAAGUGCAGCAGAACUGCAGAAACUACAUAGCUGCAGGCGGGAAAAAACAUAGAUGAAGCCAGGAUUUAGGGAUGUAUUCUGAGUUGGAUUUAAUGAAACACAGCAUGGCUUUUCGUAAAUAUUACGUCAUGGAGAUAUUUUUUUGUUUUUACAGCGUGUAGCUGGAAGGGAUUGGUUCAAAACAAACCCACGGACUUACACCUAAGUGGAAGAUUGGCUCGACAAGGAGGAUUAUAUCUUUUGGUGACUAUUGCAGAUGGUGUCCAUCGCUCUCUGUAGUGAAAUGGAGAAAGAGCCAUGUUGUGAGGAGCAUAAAGACCCUGCAGUGGAGCCCACAGAGCCUGAGGUAAGAGAGGCCAUUUCUGAGAUCUCUGACACGAGGAGCCACAGCGAGCUGCCCUGUGGGCCUGCAGAGGAAGGAGAUGGGCUGCAAAGGAAAGAGCAGGCUGAAACAGAGAGCCGUACGGAACCGAGUAAAAGCACUGAGAUAAAAAGCCCCUGUGACGGUGGAGAGCCAGAAUGCAGAGAAAAGAGGAAACUGAAAAAAACUAACAGCUGGAAGAUGGUAAGAUUUCAAGACCCAUCAGAAGAGGAUAAUGUGUUGGAGAAGGACACCUCGGCAGAGAGUCUCUUUCCAGGCUAUGCCAUUGAGGAGUGGACUUCCUCGACCUUUGAGAAGCUGUUCAUGGCAGAAAACUGGCAGGACAUCACAGAGGACCGGCUGUUGAGGAAGAAGGUGCUGGAGCCUGUGGCCCCGCUCGCCCCGUGCCCCACCUGGGGCCAGGAGGUUGCUGUGAAGAUGCAGUGUGUCCUAGAGGACCGCACUGUGGUGGAGAAAGACCGCAAUCUCGUCUUUGUUAUCGGCGAGGGAGAUGUAAACCAGGCCCUGGAGGAGUGCGUCAUGUCCAUGCAGAAGGGUGAGAUCACAUUGCUGCUGGCAGAUUCACUGUAUGCCUAUGGACUUUUGGGAAGAGAGCCUGAUAUUCCAGCCUGGGCUCCGUUACUCUAUCAGCUUCAGCUGCUGGACAUUAGAGAGAAACCAGACCCAUUUACUCUGCCCGUCGCCGACCGCAUCCGCAUCGGCAACCAGAAACGAGAGCGAGGAAAUUUUCAUUUCCAGAGAGAGGAAUACUGCAUGGCCGCCCGGGCCUAUUGUAUGGCUCUGGAUGUGCUAACCACAUGCAGCCGAGACGGUCCGGACAGCGGCGUGGUGGUAGAGGAGGAGGAGGUGCGGGACUACCGGGUGAAGUGUUUGAACAACCUGGCCACCGCUCAGCUCAAACUGGAGCAGUACGAGCAGGCGCUGCACACCAGCCGGGACGUCCUGACCCUUGAGCCAAACAACGUCAAGGCCCUCUUCAGGAUGGGAAAGGUCCUGUCAGACAAUGGUGAAUACAAAGAGGCGAUGGAGGUGCUAAAAAAGGCCUUGAAACUGGAGCCGGCCACCAAGGCGAUUCACUUGGAGUUAUCUAAACUCGUCAAAAGACAAUCUGGAGGCAAAGAUACCCAUGAGUGGAAACCCAAACCUGCAGAGAUGCUUGGAGAGAAUAUCGCACCUUUUCUCAUUCCCUCUAAGAAGGAACCAUCUGGAAUUUCCUGGAAGUUUAUCCUCGGAGCUCUGGUGGUGGCCUUGGGGAGCUUAGUGACGUCAGUGAUUCUAACUGCAAGACACUGAAAACAUAGCACUUUGAAAAUCUUCAUCACCCCCCCUCCCAACCCCAUCAUCAUCAUCUGAGGGAGUAGAGUUUAGUUACCAGUCCUCUUCAGUCAACUGUGAGGAGUUUCCUCUGAGCACAUGAGAAGCAGCAUCAGAGCCCGAACGUGUGUUUAUCUACGCGUCUUGUCACUGAAAAUC